AUGACGCUACGGUUAGAUCUGACACCGAUAUUCUACUUGGAAAUUCUACUAAGCUUGGUGUUUCUUGUCUCCGUGGUUCUUAUUGGCGUGAAUCUUAAAGCACAGCCGUCAUUGUCCAACAACUUGAUUGAGCAUGAACGAUUCAACUCGAUUGAAUUGAAAAACUUUAAGCCAUCAGAUAUUCUCAAAGUGUAUACCAAUUCGAAAUGUGCUAUAGUUGUGUCUUUUGAGUUGAACCAUACAAUCACUGCGUGGUCACCAAUGGACAAGAGGAAACAUAUCUUGGCAAAAGACCUUUGGCCUAUCAACCAUAUAGCAAUCAGCGAUGAUGGAAUAUACAUUAUUUUAGUCAGCUUCAGCAAACAAACGAUAUAUUGCUUUGAGAACUACAAGUUGAAAUGGACCAAGUCCGACUUGAACAUGAAUCGAGAGUCAAAAGUUUUGGAGUCUUUCUUUAGGGAGAAAACUGUUCCUGGUUACUUGACCAGAAAGAUGAUGAAACGGAAUAGCACUGCUUCUUUGUCAUCUAUGAGUUCCCAUUUUAAUGGCAAUUUCCCUCCGCCGCCACCAAACCCGUUUGUUCAACGACUUGAUCAAACAGCAGCUUCGGAUCCCACGGCAUAUGAGGAUUUUGUGUUGAUUCUCCAAGAUGAUAUAGUAAUCUUUUCAUGCCAUUCGGGCAAUGUUAAGAGUGACAAAUGUGGCUAUUUAACGGCAGCUGCCAAGGUGAAAACACCAAGGGUGAAUGACAAGAUUGUGCUUCGAGACCAAAAUGGAGACCUUACUGUUGGUGUAGCUGUCAACAACAAAUUUGUUUACCGCAAACUUCCAAUUAGAAACAGUUACAUGGGUGGAGGAACUACUUCAGUGCAUCCAUUGGCUGGUACCCUGCAUGACCUCAAUCCUUCAGUGAUUAUCCCAUUAGACUUUAUUGGCAUGAUUGUACUUGUUCAUGACCUUACCGCGAGCUUGGUCGAUAUUGGUACUGGAAUACUAGUCAAGUCGUUUAACAUUGGACAUUUCAAAGCCGGGACAUUUAGAGUUGCCCAUUCAGAACCUACGCAUUGUAAAUUUUGCGGUUGUGUUUCAGUUAAUUCAUUCUCAUUGGUUUAUCAAGAUGACACGAAUAUGCUCAUUGUGCACACGUUCAAGAUUGACAAUCAACGAUCUAAAAACAGUAUAUGUCUCCGAGUAGAAAGAGAUGUAAGAGAGAUUAGAUGUCUUGGUUUCAACCAUGUUUUGGAAUCUCAAUAUUGGUAUGAGGACAUCAAGACAUGGCAAGUUACUGAUGUCAACACCAUCAUUGGUCUUGAAAGAUUUACAUCUGUCCCAACAGAGUCAGUAACAGGGUCGACAACAAGACGAAAAACGCAAUGCUCCUCGGUUUAUGGACUCACAUCGUUACGACAACGUAAUAACAAGAAGCAAACACAACAAAAAGACUCAUAUGAAGGGUUUAUCAUUUCCCUUGUCGAUGGGGGCAAGGAAACUUACCCAAUCACUGUUGAUCUGAAGAUUUUGUCAUCUACAAAGUAUGGAUUUAAAUCUAUCCUAGUAAACUUUGGCGACUCGAUGAAGAUUUUUUAUCAAGGUACAAAUAAACUAAUAGAGAAUGACUUGUAUUAUAACAACUCUACAAAUAACAAAGGCAAUAGCUUGUUAUUUAUUAACAAGAGACGGAAUAGAGUAAAUUAG